CCACGCGUUUGGUUUUCGAGAAAGUGCAACAGCUCGGGAAAAUUUUCCAUAUUUAUUUUCAUUUUCUCGAGAAAAUUUUUUCCUGAAAAAAAACCCUAACCCUAAUCUUAAUCUCUUAAUGAAGCCUAAUAAUGACUUCCUCUCUUACUUUUAACGGCUAGAUCACUUCUCCGGCGAUCCUCCGGUCACCGAUCUGGCCGGCAAGAGAUCACAAUUUCCCACUAAUUCACUCUGGUAUCUCUCUCAAUUAAAUGGACCAGUAUGACUUGCAAGCACAGAGAAGGGAUAUGAAGCAUAAAGGAAGAAAUGUUGUUUGGUCUAUUGCUAUGGACAAGUGCCUCAUUGAAACUCUCUCUAUUCAGGCGAGAAAUGGAAACAAAAUAGACAAAUGUUUUAACGAGAAUGCGUACACUGCUGCUUGCGUUGCUGUGAAUUCUCGCUUUAAUUUGAAUUUGAACAAUCAAAAGGUUGUUAAUCGUCUUAAGACCAUAAAGAAACGGUACAAGGUUAUAAGGGAUAUGCUUAGUCAAGACGGAUUUAGGUGGAAUCCUGGUACAAAGAUGAUCGAGUGCGAUAGUGACGAUUUUUGGAAGAGAUACAUUACAGCACAUCCUGAUGCAAAAGGAAUCCGGGGUAAACAGAUUGAGAUGUACGACGAACUGAAAAUUGUUUGUGGAAAUUAUCAAGCUCCUAGUCGUUGGGCUAAGAUGAGAGAUGUAGGUUAUGUAGCAAAGAAUUUUGAAGAAGAUUCUCCUUCAUUUCUCUCACAAAGUUCAGAAGAUGUGAGCGUAACCGAUGGAACGGAAUCAUAUACUGGACAGCCAGAUUGUAUCCCGGAAUAUAAUCAGGAUCCUCCGCUUAUCCAGCCAGUCAGACAACUCCCGAAACGAGCGCGUGUAUCAGAAUCUCUUCAAGAUGCUAUGUUGGCAUUGGCAUCAAGCAUCCGUCGGUUGUCUGAUACAAUGGAGCAAAGCAAAACUGCCAUUGAUGCAUCAGAAUUGUUGCAGACGGUGAUGGAGAUUGAUGGCUUAGAAGAAGCUAAAAAAAUGUAUGCUUUUGAAUAUCUGAAUGCUGAUCCCAUUAAAGCUAGAGCCUUUAUGACAUAUAAUGCUCGAAUGCGGAAGAUUUAUUUAUUUCGACAGUUUUGGUGGUGGAGAUGACACUUGGAUGUAUAUUUUCCAAAAUUACCAAAAUCACGAAGAGAAUUGUUUGUUGACACAUUAAAUCUUAAUUGAUGUUUGAAGGUGAAUGUACAGAUACUAGAUGGUCUAAAGAUGAAAGUUAAUAGAAGAUGGUUUUGUAGAGACA